AUAUAAACGCAAAUACUGUUACUGUAUUAAACACAGUGCCUAUCCCGCCACGAACGUGCGAACGACUUCAAAAUGGUACCACAUUACCUCCUCGUUUUAACACUGGCAGCGGCCGUAAGUGGAAGGACAGCGAGCACAAACCAAAACGUUGACGAAGGAAGGAGUUCAGACGACACGAUAUUAGGGGACUUCAAAGUUGCAUACGAAACCUACAGAGACUGCAGUGGCAGCGAUCUUUCUAGUUGUCUGAAACUCAAACUGGCCAAAGCUUUAAAUAGGAUAUCAAAGAGCGACGAGGUUGUGCUGCUCGGUGGAGUUACCAUUACGAAGGAUAAGAAUGCAGUCGAAAAGGUGGACGUUGAGGAGGCGAUUCCGAGAGGUCUUGACGAGAGCUCCUUGGACAACCUCAUCUUGGACAAAAUCGUUGGAUUCAUGCAAACUCAUACCAUCCAGAUCAAAUUCCCCACCGGUUCAGAUCUGCAGCGCGCGUUCGACGAAGGCCGUGGAAGAAGGAAGAAGCUCGCCCCACUCCUCGCUAUCCCCCUCCUUAUCGGAGGCAUGAUCGUUCCCCUUGCAUUCGGUGCCCUGGCCCUCCUCGCUGGCAAGGCCCUGAUCGUUUCCAAGCUGGCCCUCGUCCUUGCGGGUAUCAUUGGGCUGAAGAAGCUGCUGUCAUCCAGCGGUACUGGGGAAGCUCAUGAAGUCGUGGUAUCAUCUGGUCACGGGGGAGCUGGCUGGAGCAGGUCUCUUGACUCACACGACCUAGCCUACAAUGCGUACACGCAGUAACCCACCCUAGAUACCAGUUAUCGUGUUGUGUGUAGCGUAGAAGGCAUACUAUUUAUUUUAGAAUAAGGCGUACAUUUUUUACAAUUAAAGACAAAGCAUAUCUUGUCCGCGAUUGAACAGAAUAUAUGACCGUAAAAAAGAAGUGAACGUACUAAUUAUUGUUCCAAAGAUAAUUUAUAUAAUAUUUAUAUGAUGGUUUAUAAUUUAAUAAUGACAAGGGCGUGCAAUGGACCAUGAUGCAACACUUAAUUUAUUUUCUAAGUAAACAGUACCUCAAUACUCUAUUUAAAUGAGUCAUAUAGAUAUGUAUGAUAUGU